UUUGUUAUUUAAUAAUAUAGUAGUAUUAUAUAUAUAAAGAUAUAUAUUACACUGAUGGAUUUUGUUUCAAGUAUCGUGCAAUAUCAGUCUAGCACUGCUGGAAGAGAUUCAAUAUGCAGGUUGUUGCAAUAUACUGCCAAACUGAUUAGUCAUUUGUUAACAAAAGAAAAUUCUCAAAAUGAUCUGAUUAAAAGAUUGAAGCAAUGCGAAUCUGUUCUGAGUACAAGCAGAAAAACAUUUCGAAUUGGAAAAAGUGUUGAUAUGAUUGAAGGUGCAAUGAAAGCAAGAGCCAUUGAUGAUCCUGUUUUAAAAGCUCUGAUCAUUGCUUCCCGAUUAUGUCGUGCUGUUUACUUUUACUACGAUAUGUUAGCUUGGGCAGUCAAGGCAUCCAUUUUAACUGGCGAUGAGAAGAAGAUGACAUUGAAAUCCGCGCCAUUUUGGUUUUGGGCCGUUCUGGCGAGUUUAUUGAGAGACAUAUACGAACUAAUCUUAGAGUACAAUUCAAAACUUAAUAAAAAUAAAAAUUUCCUGCAGUCGCUAAAGAAUAGACCAGAACUUCUCUGCGAUACGUUAAAGAAUUUUGCAGACCUCCAUGUUGUUCUUCAGUUUUGGGGAGAAGUUGACAUUUCUCAGGGUACAGUUGGCUUUUGUGGCAUGAUAUCGUCCUUUAUUGGAAUAUUUCAAAUUUUGCGUCCAGAGUUGAAGUUAUCUCCGAUUUAACUUCACUUUAUAUAGUCUGCAGCUAGCACAGUAAUUCGCAAAUUCAAUAUACGCACCUUGCAAUAAGAAGAAAGAAAUACACUUAAUGUUAGUGUAAAAGACAGAUAUAUUUUUUGGAACAGCUAAGCUUAAGAAAUUGAUUUGACUAUAUGAUUGGUACGAUUACCUUACAAUUAAUUUUUGUGGGAAUUAAUUUUUGUGGACUUUUGCCAAACACGCGAAAAAUAGUUCCCGCGAGAAGUCUAAAUACCCCUAAUUCGCGAAAAUAAAUUCCCGCAAUAUUUCCAAAUUUCCUUCAACACAACAUUUGCAAAAAUAAAUUCCAUUUUAUCCCGCGAAAUUCCAGAAAAAAGAAAUCCGCGAAAAUUAAAUCCCUUUAGGUAAUUAAAAAAGGCUACAUAGUUUUGAAGGUAAGCGUCAAAAUCGUGGAAAAUUGAGAAACUUUAAUAGUUGUCCUGCAUUAUUUCUUUUUUUUAUUGUAGAAUUUAAAGAGAAGGAAUUUCUCCGUACUUUCGUUAUUUUUAAAUGCACAAAAAUUUAUGAAUUUUUAUAAUACUACUAAAAUUGUGUUUAGUUUAAACACUAGCAACAACUAUUCAACUUUCGUUUGGUAAUUUAUUUUAGCCAGUGUUUUUAAAUUUUUAGAUAAAAAUUUCUAGAAAAAAAUUUUUGUCUAUUUUUUUACUGUAAAAGUUUUAAAAUCGUUUCUAUCCGAUAACUGUUUA